GGAGGGACCCUGAGCAUCGCUAAAGUAGCCGGGGCCUCAGAGAAGGCCUUGGAGUUGUCACACGCAGAAUCAGAUCUACAGCAGCAAUGGAGGACGGUAGACAGGUGAGGCGCAUCACAGCACCGCUUGCAAUGGCGAAUGUACAUUUCACCCGAGGUGUAUGGGUGCAGGUCAAGAGGACUCGUCAUGCGCCGGCUUCGUCUGCGUCUGCUGCUGGUGGUGGUUUUGAGAGUGACGAGGAGCGGCAGCGACGGGAGGAGAGGGAGCGGAACCUUCGGCAACAAAUCACUGACACGGUGAGCCAGCCACCGACGCACUGAGGGCAUACACACUGAUCGACAUCUCUUGCCGUCCGUGUGCUGUGUGGCUGUCCUUCAGGAGGGCCUUCUGAGCUACAUGAUGGCCUUCCUGCCCAUCAACCUGAUGGUGCAGCUGGCCAAGUCCAUCUGGCAGCACGCCGCACCCGACCUCUCGGACGUCCCCAUCAGCUCGGCAACCAAGGAGGAGCGGUCCUUUUGGCAGCACGUCCGUCUCGCCUUCGUCACCCAGCUGGCCGCCCGACUCACCCACCUCACGUCCAUCACCCUCCACCAUCCCAUCGGCUUCUCCUGCUGGUGUUUGGACGUGUUUGUGGCCAUGGUAGAGGGUCACAUCGCCGGCCGACGGGCAGCCGACCUCACCGGAGGGACACUGCAGACCGUCGCCAUCGAAGAGGGGGCUCGGCUGACCGGCCCGGCUGGGCAGAGCGUCGCGAGGACUCACCCACCACUCCCAGCCCCUCUCGACCCGCCCCCGACCCUCCACGCACUCACCACCAUCGCCGUCCUGCAAAACGAUCACCGACAGCUGGCUGACCGAGGCUGGCUGAUGCCCUCGCUUGCCAUCGUGCAGCAGUGCGGGUGUUGGUGGGACGCUGACAGGCUGGGCCAGUUCAUCAGCUCGUCCCGCUCGCUGCGGCGUGUGGUGUAUAGACUUAACGGUGAGGACUGGGCGCGUGUGUUUGAGCGCAUCCCUGCGGCACCGGCUGGGCAGCAGGGGGGGCCACUCGCCCAGCUGGAGAGCAUCGGCACCAUACUUCUCUUCAAUAACUCUCCGGCGGGCGUCGAGCGGCUUCAGGUGUGACCACAAAGGGCAGGACAGCAGCGCCCGUGGAUUGGCUCAUGAUGUCGUUCCUUUAUGUAUGUUGUUGCCUUCAGCAAGUGCUCGUUGCGCGGGGCUGUCAACAGUCACUCAAGCAGUUGCACGUGCAAUUCUGUUUCGUCUUCUGCAUCGACCGCCACAGCUUGCCGAUACUGCUUGCGCUGGACCGACUGGUCGGCACGUGCUGUCGACAGGACGCCCCACUGACAUUCAGGACCACCGCCCAUUGCGGCUUCGACCUCUCCAUCUUCUACAACACCGACUUUCCCUCCCACCCGUCACCCUCAUUCAAGACCAUGCUCCAGCAGCUGGCCCAGCAGGCCACGAGUGUGCAGUACACCUUCACCCAGGACGGCCUCACCGACCCGCACACCGACCCCAGCCCGUCGGCCAUCGAGAUGGCAUCCAGCCUCGCAUUCGACAAGGUCGUGUGGGUGGACGUCGAGAAUGCCAUUGGCUUCCACCCCCCGGCCGACACCCCACCGCCCCACCCCGCCAUCAUCAGCCACCUCAAGCCAUUCCCCAAAGCCUCAGAGCUGAAUGUCUGGAGCGACCUGGGCGGUGCUGCUGGCCAGCUGCUCGCCGCCAAGAUGCCCAAGCAGCUGACGAAGGUGUACAUCUACAAGGUGUUGGGUGCCGAGGAGGUUCGGCGUGUUGACGGCGCUGGGAAGGGAGAGGGAGGUGAAUGCGGUGGGGAUGGGGGACAUCGGUGUCGACCAACUAGAGCAACUGCUGGUGGGGGCGGCCAACGAGUUGCCGACGAUCAGGGAACUUCGUUUCACCAUGACACGUACGCUGAGAGAAGGGUUCAUUAGUGUCCGUCCUCAUUUCUGCCGUGUGUGUGUCCUUCUUCAGUGCCCGAUGAUUUGGAGGAUGCCGGCAGCUUCGUCCACACCCAGCUCUCGUCGGUGACCCCGCACAUGAGGGGCCUGCAGUGUGUGGAGCUGGGAGUCGACACGACGACAGCCGAGCAGCAUGGUUGCAUCGAGGCCUCCCUCGAGGGCACCAACAUCGAUGCCUUCAGCGUCACACGCAUAGUCAUCUCGGCCACACGAGUCACAAUAACUGCGGCGCGCACUGCCUGAGGUGAGGGAACGGCACUCAUUGAUAAGAAGGGCGGCUGAUUUUGUGACCGUGUUCAUGUCUGACCUCUGUCGGUGUUGGUGGUGGGGUCUGUCAGGCAGGCUUCUCUUCUUGGUGUGGGUCAGCGUGUAUGAGUGCUGUGGACCUCGAUCAUCCACAUGUGGCCCUUCGUAGCUAGCUACCCCGGAUUGCCAUUAUAUUCACACGUAUGUGUAUCGGAGUGUGUGUGGUCUAUAGGGAUGGAUGGACGGAUGGAUGUCUUACG